AAUUAAGCGUGUAGUAAUUUUUUUUCAUUUCAAUUUUAGUUUUAUAAAUUUUCUGUGAUGUUUAAAAAGUUCUUAAAUCUGUCUGCUGCUGGCCUCUGUCGGGCCGUCGCAAAUCGGCCCACACCACCGCCACUGCAGAGGACUUACGCCAAUAAGUUUCUAGCGGACCCCGAGGACUAUGCCAACAAGUUCCCGGUGGAGCCGGAGGACAAAAAUAACCAGGUCGUCGUGUAUGCCUACCCCAUUCCUCCUCGACAUUCAUACAUACGACUCAUUCAAGAGGCCAAUCAACUGGCAAAACGCCGUAAAGAAGCAAAAGCCGAAGAACAGCCGCCGAUCCCAAAAGAAAUCGAAUCGAAAUACAAUCCAAAAGCUGCAAAAUGCGAAGAAAAACGCAAAGGUUCUGCCUGCGAGCAGGCAAAAGAGGAGGUGAAAAUGACAAGCAAAAUCCCGGCACUAGGAGCUAAGGUGCCGCGUCGCAAGACCUGGCACAUAGUAAAGAAACUAGAGGAAGCUGUUGCCGAAGACAAGAAGGAGGAGAGCGCCGAUGCGAGUAACUCUGACAAAUAUAUGGAGCCGAAAUUUCAGCAAUUGAAGUUUGAAGGCAUUGUGACAUAUCGCAAGCCCAAAGCUGACCACGGGAUCAAAUACGAGAAGGUGUCGGCUACGGUACGAAUGCACCGUAGUGGCAAGAAGCCCUAACUCCGAUGGCAGUGCGGCUGAAGGCAGCAGACACUCGUAUAUGUCUUCUUCAUGUGUAAAAGACACAGAACUGAUACCCAUAAGCAGGAGCAAAUGGGAAGAGCAGCCAGAGGGGCUGCAGCAGCAGCAGUAGCUGAAGGAGUUUCAGGUAAAGGAGCAGGAGGAACAGUAUGUACUAGGAGAGCAGCAGAAGCAACAGCAGAAGACAAAUGGACAGGGAAAGAGCUAUGAGAGUGAACAGCAGAAGUCGAAGCUGAAGAACAAAGCCAUCAGCAGAGCGAGCAGCAAAAGAAGUGAGAAAAGCAGCAGCAGCAGCAGCAACAGGAGGAGCAACAUUGGGAGUAUCAGAACAGAACAGAAGUCUCUGCAGCAGGACAGUUUCCACAGUUUGUUGUUUGUUUGUCUGCUAAAUAAAGUCGGUCAAUAACUA